AUGAUCUAUGCGAUUGCCGUGUUGCAAACUGCUGUUGCACCGGCAGCAUUCAUGUAUUACCUAUAUUAUCUCGCCACCGACGAACUCUUCAUCACCUUCUCACCUGCCAUCGACACCUUGCUCUAUUACUGGCUUGGUUGUGAGCUUAUAUUCUAUGUCUUCUUUCAAAUAACGCGUAACCGAAUGCAGUCGCCUCUACCACCCGUAUACCCUGGCCCCAAAGAACGGCGGACUCUUUACUAUAACUGCAUCAACAAUAUCAUCGACGUCGAAGAAUGGCUGUCCGGUUGGUUUAUGCGAGCACACGAUCCAGAGCAAAACCCAACGAUCGAAGAAAUUCGCCGUGAAAAUCUGGCAGAAUGGAUCGCUUGGGCAUUCUUUGCGCAGCCCCUGGAAGGCGUCCUUGAGGAUGAAGCAGCAACCGACGAAAUGUACUGGAUGAUCGACCAUUUCGCGGAAAAGUUCGAACUCAAUUUCACGCCCGGCUACGACGAAGACAUCAUUGCGUUUCGACUUACAUUAGAUCCAGUGCAGGCAUAUCAUCGCCCACUCGUAUUCUAUCUGUUCAUCAUCAGCAUGACAUAUCUCAACACCAUAUUAAUGCAUUGUUGGGGCUUCAAAAAGUUCGGUCCCGAUAUACCCUCUGCGUUAUCAUUGUGGUCGAAUACGUCAGAAGCCGCAUCCGCCACAUUAUUCUCAGCAACAGCACGGUCAUCGUCCGCACCAUCAACACCAUCAACAUCAACUUUGACGGGACGCGUUGCAUAUUGGUAUCGUGAAGGCAAGCGGACCGACAAAAAACCGAUCAUUUUCAUCCAUGGCAUCGGCCCUGGUUUGCUGCCUUAUCUCAAGUUUGUUUACCACCUUAUCGACAUUGAUGCUCCUUUGUUUUGCGUCGAACAGCCGUAUGUGUCUAUGCGAUGCGUCGAAGAUGUGCCAAGCAUGCAAGAGGCUGUACAGGAUCUUGAGCGCAUGCUGCAUCAUCAUGGCUUCCGAGAUGCUGUGUACGUGUCCCACUCUUUGGGCACUGCAUUGACAUCGUGGGCCGUGCAACAUAUCCCCAAGACAGUUGCUGGCGUAGUGAUGCUCGAUCCAAUUUGUUUCAUGUUGCACUAUAAAGACAUCUGCGUCAACUUUGUUUAUCGUAUACCAAAGACUGCUAGCGAGUCUAUCGUCAAGUUCUUUGCAUCCAGCGAACUGUACAUUUCAUACUACAUUUCUCGACAUUUCCAUUGGUUCCAGCUCGCAUUGUAUGUAACACCCCAGCAGCCAAGACAAACAAGACUGUCUAGAAGGAGAAGGAGUCAACAUCAAAACCGCACAAUUCGCAUGCCGCUUGCCACCAAAGUGUUUCUCUCCGAACAUGACAACAUUGUCAACUCCUCGCGCGUCCAUGAUUAUCUCGCCGGGAACGGUAUCAGCUCAACUGUCAUGGCUGGUCUCGAUCACGGAUGGUUUCUGUUCAAGUCGGCAUGGCAGCAAGAGAUUCUUGAGACUGUCGCGGAUUAUACGUCCAACUGA